GAAGAAAAUCAUAAUUCUACAAUCUUGUUCUCUGUGUGGAUCACCGUUGGAGGCUGGACAAUUGGACAGUUGUGGAAGGCAGAUCAAGGUUGUUGGAACAAAGAAAAAGCAAAAAGGUUUGCAGAUCUAGAAAAAUGUAUGAUUUUUAUCACAAUUUCUAUCUAAACACAAAGACGAUUCCUGGUAAGAAUCGAAAUUUGUUUUAAUUUUCGCUGCGCAUGUUAAGUAGAUUCCCAACAAGAUGUUAUUUGUUAUUGUUCUGAUAGAUCGACAUGAUAUGUUAAAAAAAAAUCAUUUGUUAAGACGAAGACUUAUUCUUCACCAGUACUAUUCUCUAAUUUUGACUAAUUGUUUGAUUUACUACAGGCAUUCCACAGAUCGUGAGGUUGCCAUUAUGAUGCUUUUGGCAUACCUUUCCUACAUGCUAUCCGAAUUAUUCAAUUUAAGUGCUAUACUCACUGUAUUCUUCUGCGGCAUUGUGAUGUCACACUACACUUGGCAUAAUGUCACCGAGAACUCAAGAGUCACCACCAAGCACACCUUUGCCACUUUGUCAUUUGUUGCUGAGAUAUUCAUAUUUCUUUAUGUUGGCAUGGAUGCUCUGGACAUUGAGAAGUGGCGUAUUGUAAGUAGCAGCCUGAAGACGUCAAUUUCUGUCAGUGGAAUUCUGUUGGGAUUGGUUUUGGUUGGACGAGCAGCCUUCAUUUUUCCUCUAUCAUUCUUGUCUAACUUGACCAAGAAGUCUCCAAAUGAGAAAAUUGACUUUAAGAAGCAAAUUACAAUAUGGUGGGCUGGUCUUAUGCGAGGUGCUGUUUCGAUGGCACUUGCUUAUAAACAGGUAAAUUAUUAGCUAUGACUAUUUCAGUGAAAUAGAAUGGUUUCCCCAACCUUUAUCAAUGAUGAAAGUGCAUUCACAAUUUUUGAACAUUUUUUUAUCAUACUUUUGUUGCCUAAAAUCGGAUGUAAGAAAGUUAAAUAAGAAAAUAUACCCAAGUAUCGACACUAUUUUUUUGAAUUGUGACAAGAAUAGGAAUGAACUAAACAGAACGAGUCGGUUCUUGUCUAUUUUGGUUCAAUUACCCUACAUGGAACUAUUUGAUAUUUUUAUUAAAUAGAAUUCUUAUUGGUACUUAGUUUGGUUUGCUCUAAUUCAUUUCCCAGUCGAACUGAGUCGUUCCUUUUGAAUUUUUUGUUAAAAAUAUUUGCAACUGAAAAUCAUUUAAACCAUCGAAGAAUUUUUGUUAAAUGAAUAUCAUUAUUAGCCUUUGUUUGAGUUACAUUAUUUUCAUA